AUGGCGAGGUCAGUGCUGCCCCUCUGCCUGCUGCUCUCUGCCACCCUGCAGGGCAGUUUGUCCGAUGCCCCAGGGCUCACGGCCCGCAGUCUCCCUCUGCUGUGGCGGCUGCGGCAGCUGGAGGAGCAGUUUCACCGGUUCCAGGAGGUGACGCUGAGCCAUCUCCAGAGCAUUGCCAGGAACUACAACAUCUCCUACAAUAUCGACAGCCGCUUUCGGUCACUGGCAGAGCAGGCAGAGGCAGCCGACGCAGCUCGGGCUGCCCUGGGCUCUGAGCUGGCCCGCCUGGCUGUUGUCAGUCGGCAGCUGCAGCGCAGAGUAAGGAGGCUGGAAGGGCGAGCCCAGAGCCCCCGUGCUGAGCCACAAAGCCUGCAGGAUGCAGUGCGCAGCCAGCAGGAGCUGCAGCAUUCAGUGUCCCUCAGUACUCUCAGCUCUCGACCCCUCAAGGUGAGGCAGCAGCAGCGUCAGUGGGAGCAAAGGCAACUGGUGCUGGUGGAGACUGGACCCAGUAGAAUGCCCGGGGAGGACGCCGAGCCCCUUGGUGACACCAAAGCUGUCACAGCAGUGCUGUCCGCUUCAGCCACUGGCCCCCAGGAGCAGCUCCCGGCCCUCCAACAGCUGGAGACAGUGUGCAGGGUGGGCUCCGUGCUGCUGUUCUCCAACAACUCAGCCAACAACGGUGCUGUGCUCCAGCCGAAGCUGCAUGUGGGGCUGCGGGAGCUGUCAUUGUGCACCUGGCUGCUCACCCCAGCCCCUCACCUCGGCACGGUCCUGUCCUACACCAGUGAGGCCGAGGGCAGCAAGCUGGCCCUGCAUGGAGUCCACCCUGGGUCUGCACAUUUUGUUAUCGGGGACACAGAGUUUCGGCAGCUCUCAGUUACACCACUCCUGGAUGGCAAGUGGCACCACCUCUGCCUUACCUGGUCAUCCAGCUAUGGCCAGUACCGUUUAUAUGUGGACAGGAGGCUGCUGGCUGCUGGCUCUGGCUUCCAGCAGGGCUAUGUGGUUCCUGCUGGGGGCUCACUGAUGCUGGGCCAGCAGCAAUCUCACAGUGGGGACUUUGUGCCCUUUCUGGGCCAGCUGGCUGGCCUGGCCCUCUGGAGCAGGGCUCUGCUGCCUGGGGAGGUGGCCAGCAUGGCUACUGGGCAGGGGCUGCCCCAUGGGCCCCUCCUGACGCUGGCUAAUGCCACCCUGCAGGGUGAGGUACGCAGGGGGAGGUGUGCCUGCCUCCAGAACUGCCCAUGA